AUGCCAUUAGAUCGUUCAUCUGACUGUGAAUGUUCCAGCUGUUCAGAGGAUAUUCAGAAAGAGUGUAAUUGGAAUCCCUGUUGCAACAAGUAUAGUGAUGACUCUUUAUAUUCAAGAUCAAGAAAGAAAUCCUCACCUUCCUGUGUGCAAUACUUUCCAUCUCAGUGUUGUCCCACUAGACCAGACAGUGAUACCAAGGAAGAAGAUGCAGUGUUUCUGCCCUCAGAGGAGGAAAGAUCUUUGGAGUCUUCUCAAAAUAAUAAUGUCAGAUUAAUCUCUGAAGGCACUGCACGGAAAAUAAGACCAUUGAGAGAGCUGACUAUCCAAGAGUUAUUGAGUGAGUUUGGGGAUAAUACGAAGUUACACCCAAACGUCACUUCCCUGGGCCACUUUAAAGAUCAGGUAGCUAUGAAGUUCAGAAGAGCUCUGUAUUAUUCUGGAAUUUGGGUGUCGUAUAUUCAAGGCAACAGAAUUGAAAAGCACCUUUCAGCUAAUUAUUUCAAGAGAAAUCCAGGUUGCUUACACAGAUUGAUUCCCUGGUUGAAACGUGAACUAACUGCUGUUUACGGAGAUUAUGGCCACACGGUGAAGACCAUCCUAGCCACUAUCCUCCAACACAUGACAGAAUAUGAUUUGGACAAUGAGUCCUUUACCAACCUCCUGGAACCUUAUCUCCUACAGCACACCCACCAUUUUCUUCAUGAGUUUAUCAGUUUUGUUCAUUCACCUUACAACAUGGAGAACUAUGACCAACGGGCCAUCUAUCAGUGUUCUGCUCCUUCACCAAGGAUGAAAAAGAAAUCCAUUGGAUUUGCUCCUUUUUUACCUUUGCCUGUGGAUAAGACUCUCCUGAUAUCUCACCCUGAUACAAGGCAGGCUGAAAACACCCAGUGGCAGUGGACAAACGAGGAGAAGCCCCUGUCAGACUUAAAACCAUUUCCAAAUGCUAAGUCUUCCUUGAAGAAAUCGGACACCUCACGAGUCCAUCAUAAAACAGCAAGGAAAACCCAUGUUUGGAUGAAAAACAAACCAGAACCAGGUGAUCACAAAGGCACAUGUCCUACUAAUUCUAUUCUGAAUUGGACAGAACAAGGGGAAAGAGGGACAGGCUUAGUGGACUGUAAAACACAUGUUCAACAAAGGAAGACAGAAAGGGUAAAGUUGUUCCCUGGUCAGGUCCAGGAUCUUGGAAAGAGUGAAACAAUGACACGUACACUGAGUACCCCCACAACUUUUAAUCAGGGACAAACACGGAAAUGCGGUCUAAGUGAAAGAAGGGUUUUGAGUCUUGGCCAGCAGGAGAAUUUCCAGAAAAAAGAAGUAGAAAAAAACAAAUACCCAGAUUCUUCCCCAAAGUAUUUGCAAAGAAGAUUGCCCAGAGAAAGAUCUUUGAGUACUUGCAAAGCCAGAAAGAGGGACCCUUCUUGGGGUUGCACUUCAGAAACUGCCCUUUCUCCUAAGAGAGAGAGUAGUAGAAAGCUAUGUGCUUUCAGGAAGAAGAAGACAAAAUUCAAACAGUCCUCUCAAUUUGCAGAAGUUGGUUCACACUCCAGCAGAACUAUCAAGAGAAGAUCAAGGUCCCGUAGUCAGAGAUCCAAAUCCUGGUGCAUCGGACAAAGAAGGAGAUCUCUAAGCAGAGAAUCUAGUAAUUUCUCUUUGAAAGGAAGUUACAGAGGUAAAUACUUCACCCAGAAUAUAAGCUGUGAGCCCUCAAAAGAAAAAAAUGCUAAUGGUUAUGAAUUAAACCAUGGGCAGGCAUCUUCAAUUACGGUCCAAAGUGUGAAGCUUUCUGCAACUCCAAGGGAGAAACCCAAGUAUCCUACAGAUGAGGACACUUCUGAUGCUGGGAGCUGUGACAGUCCCAUGUUCCUAGAGAUUGAGAGACACAGGUCCCCAAGGAAACAGAAGAUGAGGCACAGACCCACAUUUCCUAGAGCCAGAAAAAGCAGAGCACUUGGGCACAGAAAAAACGAAUGCUGUUUUCCAGAUAAACAAAUCAUAGAGGAAUUCAGGAGUGACGUGUGGGAUCAGGAUGACAUCAGGAGUGAUGUGUGGGAUCAGGAUGACAUCAGGCAAAUGAGUAGUCCUUUGUAUGCAUCUUCCUACAGGAGGCAAAUCCAAAAGAAACAGAAUGUGAACCUUCAGAGAUGUUACUGGGCCAUGAAUGAACGUUAA